GAGAGGGGAGCAGAAAAAAAGUCUUUAAAAAACAAAAACAAAAACAAAAGAACUCCAAAGGCACCUUGUCCUAGCCUUCUAAUCUGUGCUCUCUUGCUCUGUAGUCCACAGGGCAUGCCAUUACACAAAGAAAGAAAGGAGGAGGAGGGAGAAGGAAAGGGAGGGGCCAAGGCAGAGACUUCUCCCACCAGGUCUUUCCUACAAACUGGUGACACAAUACCACGGCAGCGAAUGAGUUCCUUCCCUGGCUCUGCAACCGCUUUCCUACGAAGCAGAGUCAGACCCCUCAGGCCACGACAGAGAGAGAGAGGCAGGGGAGAGAGAGAGGAGGGAGGGAAAGAGGGAGAGAGAAAGAGAAAUAGAGAGAGAGAGAGCCACCCACCGACGCUGCUGCACAUAUACCACUGAAACAUGCAUGUAGACGCUCACUGCUAGAGGGAGAGAGAGAAGGAGAGACUGACUGCUGACAAACGACAAAAACUUUUGGAGCCACCUUAUCAGUAGCACGGCAGCAGGAGCUACACCAUCGUCUGCACGUCGUCUUUUAUUUAUUUUUAUUUUUUUCAAACCAAAGCAGACCACAGCUCAAUCGACCUGGAUCAUUUCUCAAAGAGGAUUUACAAAACUGGAUUUGGAGCAACUUCCUUUUUUUUUUUUUUAAAGAAAAAAAAAUAACAUGUUGCAUCUUAGCAAAGGGAGGGGAAACCAGAGUGGAGAAUAGUUAGAUUUAAUAUCUCUGCUCCCUGCGGAUACAGACAUUGUAUUUGAUUUGGCUUCCAUUGACCGGAGACUAGAAGAGAAACAGGAAAAGAGCAGCGAUCUGAGUAAGUAGAGUUCCCUCUCCGUGCGUCGGGCCGGUGUCCUGCACGGUGACCAGGCAGAUAAGGGGGUGGGGGAGGGAAGGAGGGAGUCUCCAGGGGAAGAGCUUUCCCCCGUAAGAGCUAGCCCGCAGACAGGCGCAGGAACACCGAUGGAGCGAGGUCCAAUAAGCAUUUAGACCUUAAACCGGUUUGUUUCCAUCAGGCUGCCGAGGGUGAGGAAUCUCUCAUUAACCACCGACAGCUGCUCUUUGUUUUUUUGCUUUGCACGUCGCAAAUGUUGGGUUUCAGGACGGACAGAAACCUCUUUUCCGAAAGUUCCGCUUUAGCGAUUUAACGCCGAAAAAAAUUGCCCGCUCGUUCUUCCCCGCCCCCAAAGAUGAGCAACAACACCACGGAGGUGUGCGCCCGGAACGAUGAUUUCAAAUACAUGCUGUACAGCACCAUGUUCAGCAUCGUGUUCGUGGUGGGGCUCAUCACCAACAUGGCCGCCAUGUACAUCUUCACCUGCUCACUCAAGCUGCGCAACGAGACCACCACCUACAUGAUCAACCUGAUGGUGUCCGACCUGAUCUUCGUCCUCACGCUGCCGCUGCGCGUCUUCUACUUCAUCAACCGCGACUGGCCCUUCGGGAGCGUGCUGUGCAAGCUCUCCGCCUCCCUCUUCUACACCAACAUGUACGGCAGCAUCCUCUUCCUCACCUGCAUCAGCGUGGACCGCUUCCUGGCCAUCGUCUACCCGCUGCAGUCGCGGAUGGUGCGGACCAAGCGCAACGCCAAGAUCGUCUGCUGUGCCGUGUGGGUGCUGGUGCUGGCCGGCAGCCUCCCCACGGGGUUCAAACUGGAGACCAGCUUCAUCCGAGACAACAAAACCAACUGCUUCGAGAACUUCUCCUCCAACCAGUGGAAGAAGCACCUGUCCAAGGUGGUGGUGUUCAUCGAGACGGUGGGCUUCCUCAUCCCGCUGCUGCUCAACGUGGUCUGCUCCGCCAUGGUGCUCCAGACGCUCCGCAGGCCUCGAACCCUCAACCGCGGUGGGCAGCUGAACAAGACCAAGAUCCUGCGCAUGAUUGUGGUGCACCUCCUCAUCUUCUGCUUCUGCUUCAUCCCUUACAACGUCAACCUGGUCUUCUACGCCAUGGUCCGCAGCAAGUCCCUCGAGGGCUGCUUCGCCGAGUCCGUGGUCCGGAUGAUCUACCCCGUCGCCCUCUGCAUCGCCACCUCCAACUGCUGCUUCGACCCCAUCGUCUACUACUUCACCUCGGAGACCAUCCAGAACUCCAUCAAGCGCAAGUCGCAGAGUCGGCGGUCCUAUGACGGGGGCUUCUCCGAGGCCCUGCAGUCGGAGACCAGCUCGGCCAUGCUCAGCCUCAGGACGCUCAAAUCCAAGAUGUUUCGCAGCGAGUCCACUGUGUGACCCUGCCACUGGAUUGGUCGUUCAAAGGUCACAUGACCCGUGGACAUGUGUGUGUGUGUGUGUGUGUAUGUAAAAUUACAUAUAUUCAUUUACCUCUAUGAGGCUUUAGGGAAGAGGGGGGAGGGGGUGGAUUGGGAAGGGUUGGAGUAGAAUCUUCAAAGAGCAACAAGAAGAACAUUAUGGUUUUUAUUCCACCCCCCCACCCCCCCCCCCACCCCCACCCCCCACCACACAGAGGAGGAAGAAAAAAAAAAUGAGACACUGGAUUUUCAUUCUUUUCUCCUUCUCCAUCUGCAAGCUAGCAGUUUAAAACAGCCUUUUAUGUAACCCUGGUGAUUUGGGGGCUCUGGAACUUCUCGCAUUCUGUGGGAAAUGCCACAACCGCCUCGUUACAUCGUCAUGUGGAAUACAUCUGUCUUCUGCAGAACGGCUGAGCCCUGGAACCUACGUACUUCAAUCAUAAACGUACUGGAAUGACUUCUGAACACUGGAGCUAAGUGUGUAAUGUGUAUUUGUGAAUGAGACUCGGCUAUUCGCGUCCCGUGGUAAGUCAAUGUCCCGUGGCGCAGACAAUUACAGAGAAAGCGUCGACUUAGACACGCGAGGCCCAGCCAUAUACUGCCUUAAAUGCUUCAUUUGACGCUCAUUUUGGACACUGGUCUGGUACAGAAUUAUUCCUCUGAAGCAGAGGACUGCAACCCUCAGAAGCUCAAGAAUAGCAUUAAUUACAAAAUUUAAAAAAAGGAAAACGUAUUAAGGAAACUUUGUUUCAUUACACAAUGCAAUGCACUGACCUGCCAUUUCAAUUUAAUUUGCACUGUUUUUAAGUUAUUCACCAUUUUUUAAAAAAUAAAUAAAAGUCCAAGUGUCUUGAAA